AUGACACUUGCAGCAUACAGAGAGAAAAUGAAGGAGCUCCCCCUAGUGUCUCUCUUCUGUUCCUGCCUUCUGCCAGAGUCCAAAGAGAAGCCCAUCAAGCACACACAAGGUGUUGUGGAUCUAAACCUUUGCAUCAUCAAAGACAUGGAGGUUAUCGAGCUUAACAAGCGUUCAUCUGGGCAGGCGUUUGAAGUUAUCCUGAGACCCCCCUCUUUCGACGGCACGCGGGAGUUCCACCCCUGCAUCCCACCCCGCAGGGACCCCUCCCUGGAGGAGAUCCAAAAAAAGUUGGAUGCAGCGGAGGAGAGGAGAAAGAACCAAGAAGCUGAAAGACUCAAGCAGCUUGCGGAGAAGCGCGAACAUGAACGUGAGGUGGCCCAAAAAGCCGUGGAAGAGCACAAUAACUUCAUAAAGAUGGCCAAGGAAAAGCUGGAACACAGGAUGGAAACAAACAAGGAAAAUCGUGAAGCUCACAUCGCUGCCAUGCUGGGACGCCUACAGGAGAAGGACAAGCAUGCAGAGGAGGUGAGGAAAAACAAGGAGCUGAAGGAAGUGGACUAUCUGUAG